AUGGUAAGGUAUUACUGUGAAUAUUGUCAUUCUUAUCUGACUCACGACACCAAAAGUGUGCGUCGGUCACAUUUGGUAGGUAAGAACCAUUUGAAAGCAGUUGCAGAUUAUUAUAGGAACAAGAAUGACAAGUCCAAGAAGGUUGGUAACAAUGGGGUGUUGUGGACACGUCGGAACGAAAACAAGCGGUUGUUGAAGUUGGCAAAAGUGCACGAACGGGAGAACAAUGAAGAACUCGGUGUGUUGAGUCAAAUGUAUCGGGAAUCUCCAGGGUAUCACAAAGUGUUUGCUCCUUCGCAGAGGUUGGAUGUCAGAGAUUACAUCAGGUCUAGCAAACUGCCACAAAGAGCGAAUCUUUCCAAUAAUUCCAACAAUAAAAACAGCAUGUCGAGCAGCUCGACCAGAAACGUUUUGACAAGACCAACCACGACCACAGCUCCUCUCCCGCCACCAUUGCUGCUCACACAGUGGUCUUCCCAACCUCCUAAACAGAUAUACCCACGAACCAGUCGAUAG